UGCUUAACACAACUAAACAAAUAAAAAGAAUUCCACUCUAGCUAUAAGAGCAGUGGUAAAGGAGUUUCUUCUUCCUUCAUGCUUCCUUCUUUUUUACUUUGAACAAGAAAACCCAUCUCUCUCUCUCUCUCUCUCUCUCUCUCUCUGCUUCUUUUGUGGAGUUAACCAUGAUUACUGGCAAGGAUAUGUACAACGUUUUUGCGGCCAUUGUGCCUUUAUAUGUUGCUAUGCUAUUAGCUUAUGGCUCCGUCAAGUGGUGGAAAAUCUUCACGCCGGACCAGUGCUCCGGCAUCAACCGCUUUGUCGCAGUCUUUGCAGUUCCGUUGCUUUCCUUCCAUUUCAUUUCUUCCAACAACCCUUAUGCCAUGAGCUAUCGCUUCAUUGCAGCCGACUCCCUCCAAAAAAUUGUCGUUAUUUCCGCUCUCUUCCUGUGGCAAGCCUUCAGCAAAAGAGGCAACCUUGAGUGGAUGAUCACUCUCUUCUCCCUCUCCACCCUCCCAAACACUCUUGUCAUGGGCAUCCCGCUCUUGAAGGCCAUGUACGGGGAUUUCUCCGGCGAUCUAAUGGUGCAAAUUGUGGUUUUGCAGAGUAUUAUUUGGUAUACUCUUAUGCUCUUCCUGUUUGAGUUCAGAGGUGCAAAGCUCCUCAUUUCCGAGCAGUUCCCGGAGACGGCAGGCUCCAUCACCUCCUUCAAGGUUGAGUCGGAUGUCGUGUCGCUGAGCGGCCGGGAGCCUUUGCAGGCGGACGCUGAGAUUGGUGAGGAUGGGAAGCUUCACGUGGUGGUGAGAAGAUCAGCUGCAUCAUCUGUGGUUUCUUCUUUCAACAAGUCCCAUGGACUCAAUUCAUUGACUUCCAUGACCCCGCGAGCAUCGAAUCUCACCGGCGUAGAGAUCUAUUCGGUACAAUCUUCACGAGAACCGACGCCAAGGGCUUCAAGCUUUAACCAGACAGAUUUUUAUGCCAUGUUUGCUAGCAAGGCAGCCAGUCCAAAACAUGGAUGCACAAAUAGCUUCCAAGGGGGUUUAGCCGAUGUUUACUCAUUACAGUCUUCAAAAGGGGCAACACCAAGGGCUUCAAAUUUUGACGAGGAGAUGUUUAAGAUUGGGAAGAAAAGGGAAGGGAGGAGUAUGAGUGGUGAGCUCUUUAACGGCGGUUUUGUUCCGUCUUACCCGCCUCCAAACCCGUUGUUUUCCGGGUCUACCAGUGGCGGCCCGAAGAAGAAGGAUAGUGGUGGGGGUGGUGCAAUGCCUAACAAGGAGCUUCACAUGUUUGUUUGGAGCUCAAGUGCAUCUCCUGUUUCGGAAGUGAAUCUGAGACAUGCAGUUAAUAGAGCUGCCUCCACUGACUUUGAUCCUUCCAAGGCUGCUCUUCAACAUGAAACUACUGCUGCAUCAAGAGGUGAAAAUAUGAGUCCAGGAAAGAAAAUUAGUGGUGAUGAUCAAAUAGAGGAAGGAUUGAAGUUCCCGACAAGUGGGUCUCCUUACACAUGCCAGAAAAAGGUGGACAUGGAAGAAGUACUGGAUGGAGCAAAGAAACACCAGAUGCCUCCUGCAAGUGUCAUGACUAGGCUUGUACUUAUCAUGGUCUGGAGGAAGCUUAUAAGAAACCCUAACACUUACUCAAGUCUUUUGGGCCUUACAUGGUCUCUGGUUUCAUUCAGAUACCACAUCCAAAUGCCGUCCAUCAUAAAAGGAUCCAUUUCAAUACUAUCCGACGCAGGACUGGGAAUGGCUAUGUUCAGUCUAGGUUUGUUCAUGGCUUUACAACCGAAGCUCAUUGCCUGUGGAAAAUCCGUGGCAACGUUUUCAAUGGCUGUUAGGUUCCUGACUGGCCCGGCAGUAAUUGCUGCAACCUCGAUCGCUGUCGGCCUUCGUGGUAUCCUUUUGCAUGUUGCAAUUGUUCAGGCUGCUCUUCCCCAAGGGAUCGUCCCCUUCGUAUUUGCCAAGGAGUACAAUGUCCACGCGAACGUACUUAGCACUGCAGUUAUUUUCGGGAUGCUUGUUGCCUUGCCCAUAACAAUCCUCUACUAUAUCCUACUGGGCCUGUAAUAUCGAUCAAAGGCAAGGGAAAGCAACACACUAGUGCAUGUAAAAAUCCAAAUCAGGAUUAGGUGGAUGAGAAAAAAGAAAUGCCAUUGGAUUCAGUGCCUAACAAAUACAAAUUAUUUAAUCCUGGCCUGAUCUCUACAUUUGAGCUAGCAUUAAUUAAUUGUACUUUAAUUGUUUGUUUACUUUGCUAUUUACCGGGUUAUACAGUAAAUUAGCAUAGAUCGAGUAAUAUAGAACAGACCAUGUGCAAGACAAUGGUUGAAUUUUUUUUUUU